GUGCGAGCUGCAGUGGGAGCUCUUCGAAGGGUCGGUGCGAGCUUGGGAUGGACCGACGACCGAGGCAAUCCGCCGACCGACGUCUUGGACUGCCUUCAAAACGCCUUCAGCUUUCAGUCUGGUAACGUUAUCAACCAGAGGGAGCAUCUGGUUCUUCUGCUAGCCAACACUCAGAUGCGAAUUCGGCCGUUGGAUCCCCUUGAAGCGGAGCCUCUGCUUGACCCGAACGUGAUCACGCUGGUGUGCGACCAGCUGUUGAGCAACUACAAGUCCUGGUGCACAUACGUUGGCAAGAAAACUAGCAUCAUUGACGACUCGGCUCUGGUUGGUCGCAAGAGGACAUCCCCCCCUACGGGCAGCACCGAUAUAGUCUAUUGCUCCCUCUUCCUGCUCAUAUGGGGCGAGGCAGCCAACGUCCGCUUCCUCCCGGAGUGCCUCUGCUACAUUUUCCACCAUCUCGCAACAGAGACGAACGAGCUGAUGACCCAGUCCGCCAGGGCUCUUUCUCGCGACCGCAGCAUUCCCAGCCAGCCGUACGGGUUCCUCAACACCAUCAUUCAGCCGCUCUACAAUGCGAUUAAAGGAGAGGCGGACAGCAAUGUGGGUGGCAAGCUGCCGCACGCCAAGUGGCGCAACUACGACGACUUCAACGAGUUCUUCUGGUCGCCACGCUGCUUCGACCGCCUCUCGUGGCCGCCCAACCAGUCUGCUGUCUUCUUCAUCCCCCCGAACAAGACGGGCCACGAGGGUGGCAAGACGGGCUUUGUGGAGCAGCGCACCAUCCUCAACAUGUUCCGCAGCUUCGACCGCGUCUGGAUUCUCCUCAUCUUCGCCUUCCAGGUGCUUAUCUUGGCAUUUCCUCCGGCCCGCCCAUCCCAUCCUCAUGCAUGUCAUAACCUUACCUUCCGCUUCUCUGCUUCCUUGCUCACCUCCCACCCCCCCUUUUCCCCCUUCUCCCCGCUUCCUCCCCGCCCUUUCCGAUUCACUGUCGGCCGCCCAAUACCUGCUGCUCUACCUGCCCCCCUCUCUGGCAGACAUGGUGAUGGAGUGGCGUCUCAUCCCUCCUUCAACAUCCGCUUCAACAUUGUCCCUCCCCCACCUUCUUCCUCUCCCCUCCAUCACACCCGCAGCUCUGGCGGACAUGGUGAUGGAGUGGCGUCUCAUCCGCCCUUCCAACAUGCGCUUCAACGUCCGCCUGUUGCUGCGCCUCCUCGUUGCCAUCGCUUGGUGCAUCGUCUUCACCACCCUCUACCUACAACCCAAGUCAGAAACCCUCGCUCCCUGCUUUUCUCCCCCCUUGUCCCACCAUUUAUGAGAAUCCCUCUUCUGCUCUCUCUUCUUCCCUCCUCCUCCUCGCGCACCCUCACUCAACCCUCUCCCAGCAUAAUGUGGAAUGCACGCAAGGCAGCCACCUACUGGUCGCCCACAGCCAACACAGCUCUGUUCACGUUCCUCAUAGCAGCGCUCGUCUUCAUGACCCCGCACCUGCUGGGCAUCCUGCUCUUCCUCACGCCUGAAAUCAGCCGCCGCGUGGAGGCCUCCAGCUCCUCCUUCAUCCGCAUGCUCGUCACCUGCCUCGAGGAUGACAACUUUGUGGGAAGGGGAAUGCGUGAAGACACAUGGGAUUCCAUCAAGUACUCCAUCUUCUGGCUCCUCCUCCUCGCUGGGAAGUUCGCCUUCAGCUACUUCCUCUUGAUCCGGCCUAUGGUGGAGCCCACCAAGGCGCUGCUCAACACAACCAUCCACUACACCUGGCCGGAGCUCUACAAAUCAGGCAAUUACGUCGCUGUCUUCUGGCUCUGGGCACCAGUUGGUGUGAUUUACAUCAUGGAUCUUCAGAUAUUCUACGCCAUUUUCUCCUCGGUUGUGGGCUACAUCAUGGGUGUCUUUGCUCAUAUCGGGGAGGUGAGCCACGUGAAGCUGCUCACGCUGCGCUUCCGCUUCCUGCCCCGCGCCAUGCACCUCAACCUGCUGCCGCCCUCCACCAACGCCCAACGCCGCGGUGGCAUGCGCAGCGCCAUGGCGCGCAUGUGGAACCGCAUGGUCAUGACCUACGGGCUCGUCUCGCCAGACACCUGGGCCUACACCACGGCCACUGUCUCCCGCUGGCCCAUUGUGCUGCUGGCCGAUCAGGCCUACACCACGGCCACUGUCUCGCGCUGGCUAAUCGUGCUGCUGGCCGAUCAGGUGGUGAAGGCCACGACCAUCGCUGGCAGGUGGAAGAACUCCUCCUCGUCCCUCUGGCGCCGCCUCUGCUCCUCCGACUUCUGCCGCUGCGCCGUGCUCGAGACCUUCGCCCUCUUCCGCCUUUUGCUCUCCCACCUGCUCAUCGCCGGCACGCCAGAGCACCGCAUGGUGCAGCAGCUGCUGGCGGAGAUCGACGGUGCAGCAAGUGGCGCAGCAGGGGAGGCGCACACAGACAGGGACUUUGUGGACGACUUCAACCUGGGGAAGCUGCCCGCCGUGCAGGCCAAGCUCGUUGCUCUCACAGCGUUCCUUCUUGGGGGCCCUACGGAGGAAGAGCUUCCCAAGGUGAGUCGCCUCUCUAGAGGGUGCAACAAGUGGCGCAGCAGCGGAGGCGCACACGGACAGGAGCUUUGUGGACGACUUCAACCUGGGGAAGCUGCCCGCCGUGCAGGCCAAGCUGGUGGCUCACAGCGUUCCUGCUCGGGGGACCCACCGAGGAAGAACUUCCCAAGCGGUGCAGGCAACUACUCUCUCCUGCUCUCCAAGGGCGUCAUUCCGCGCUCCACCCCCCCCGCCUCGCCGCUCUAUGUGGGCGCCAUCCGCAUGCCCGACCCCUCCGAUCCCACCUACUUCGCCCCGCUGCAGCGCCUGCACUCCCUGCUCACCUGCUCCUCCUCUGUACUUUCAAUCCCACCUCCCACCCCUCCCCCACCCCGCCAGGCCAUCAUGCUGGUUCAGAACCUGCACGAGGUUGCCGUGAGAGAUUUCUGGAGCGCCGGCAACUACUCUCUCCUGCUCUCCAAGGGCGUCAUCCCGCGCUCCACCCCCCCUGCCUCGCCGCUCUACGUGGGCGCCAUCCGCAUGCCCGACCCCUCCGAUCCCACCUACUUCGCCCCGCUGCAGCGCCUGCACUCCCUGCUCACCUGCCAGAACGCCAUGGCUACCAUCCCUGCGAAUCCCGAGGCCAGGAGGAGGGUUACGUUCUUCUGCAACUCGCUGUUCAUGGCCAUGCCGCCCGCGCCGUCGGUGCAGCGCAUGCGGUCGUUCUGUGUGAUGACGCCGUAUUACAACGAGUCGGUGAUGUAUUCGCCGGAUGAGCUGCGGCGGCCCAACGAGGACGGCAUUUCUCUGCUCUACUACCUCCAGAACAUCUUCCCAGCUUCUCUGCUGCCUUCUAUUCCUGCAGACGAGUGGAAGAACCUGGAGGAACGGCUGGGGGUGCGAGGCAGGGAGGUGUGGGAGUUUGACGAUGGGGCUGAGGUGUGCCGAUGGGCCUCCUACCGUGGGCAGACCCUCGCUCGCACUGUGCGCGGCAUCAUGUACUACCACAGGGCACUGGACCUGCUCUCCUACUUCGACACUGACCCAGACGCCCCUCCCUCCCAAGGCCGUGAGCUUCAUUCCAAGCCCCAACCCACCGCCGCCCCUCCCGCCGAAGAAUUGUCCGCUGCCGCCGCCGCCGCUGCCGCCGUCGCCUCCGCCUUUGGUGGCAGCGGGAGGAUGCCAGACGCGGGGUGGGAUUCCCAAGAUUCGGUGGAGCACAUACGGGAGCAGAUCUCGCAGCAUCUCGGGCAGCAGCGCGAGUACGACCCCCAGUUUUCUCUUGCCGACGUGAAGUUCACGUAUGUGGUCACGUGCCAGAUUUACGGCGAGCACAAGCGCAAGAACGACCCGAAGGCGCGGCACGUUUUGGAGCUCAUGCAGGAGAAUCCGGCGCUCAGAAUCGCGUACGUGGACGAGCAGCCGCCCGCCCUGGGAUCGGGCGGCGGGACUCGGUACUACUCCGUCCUGGUGAAGUGGGACCAGUGGAAUCAGCGCGAGGUGGAGAUUUUCCGCGUGCAGUUACCCGGCCCGAUCAAGAUCGGCGAGGGCAAGCCGGAGAACCAGAACCACGCCAUCAUCUUCACGCGCGGGGAGGCGCUGCAGACAAUCGACAUGAACCAGGACAGCUAUCUGGAGGAGGCGCUGAAGAUCCGGAACUUUCUGGAGGAGUUUUCGGAGUCGAGAAGACGGAUUCUGGGGAUGAGGGAGCAUGUGUUCACAGGCAGUGUGUCGUCUCUGGCGGCGUUCAUGUCGGCUCAGGAGACAGCGUUUGUCACCAUUGGGCAGCGCGUGCUGUACAACCCUUUGAAGCAUGUGGUUGCUGACUCGCUGGCACCCCACCCAUACCUUCCUUCUCCGCCUCGCACCCUCUCAUACCCCCUCAUACCCCCGCUUACCCCCCCGUAUUGUCUCACACCCCCUUUCCAGGUGCGAAUGCACUACGGGCAUCCGGACGUGUUUGACCGCGUGUGGUCGCUGGCGCGGGGUGGCAUCAGCAAGGCAUCGCGGGUGAUCAACAUCAGUGAAGACAUCUUUGCAGGCUUCAACACCACUCUGAGGCGUGGGGCGAUCUCGCACCACGAGUACAUUCAGGUUGGAAAGGGCCGUGAUGUGGGUUUGAACCAGAUCUCUCUGUUUGAGGCCAAGGUAGCAAGCGGCAAUGGAGAGCAGCUGCUGUCGAGGGACGUGUACCGGCUGGGCCACGGGCUGGACAUAUUCCGCCUGCUCUCCUUCUACACCACCUCCAUCGGCUUCUUCUUCAGCACUGCCCUCACCGCCAUGGCUGUGUACGCCUUCCUCUGGGGGAGGUGCUAUCUGGUGCUGUCGGGCGUGGAAGAGACGAUUUCGUCGUCGGACAACCAGGCGCUAUCUGCCGCCAUCAACCAGCAGUUCCUCGUACAGAUCGGGCUAUUCACGUCGCUGCCAAUGCUGAUGGAGCUGAUACUGGAGAAGGGCACGGGGGCAGCCAUAUGGGAGUUCCUGCUCAUGCACGUGCAGCUCUGCUUCGCCUUCUUCACCUUCUCCCUUGGCACGCGCGCUCACUACUUCCUGCGCACACUCAUGCAUGGCGGGGCCAAGUACCGGGCAACAGGGCGUGGGUUUGUGGUGAAGCACGAGCCAUUCGCGGAGAACUACCGGCUGUACUCGCGCAGCCACUUCAACAAAGCAGUAGAACUCCUCCUCUGCCUCAUCAUCUACAUGCUCUACUCCUCCCUCCGCGCCUCCACCGCCUACUGGCUGCUCUCCCUCUCCGCCUGGAUCCUCGUGCUCUCCUGGCUGCUCGCGCCCUUCGCCUUCAACCCCCUGGGCUUCGACUGGCUCAAGUGCUGCGAUGACUGGGAGGAGUGGACUGCGUGGUUGUGGACCAAGGGCGGGAAGGGCGUGACGGAGAAGCAGGCGUGGGUGGCGUGGUGGGACGAGGAGAGGGCGCAUUUGAAGACGACGGGGUGGGGGGGGUGGAUUGUGGAGACUCUGCUGGCUCUGAGGUGGUUCUUCGUCCAGUACGCCCUCGUGUACCGGUACGCGCUCGUGUACCGGUACGCGCUCGUGUACCGGUACGCGCUCGUGUACCGGUACGCGCUCGUGUACCGGUACGCGCUCGUGUACCGGUACGCGCUCGUGUACCGGGUGAGUGGAGUGCUGUUGGCUGGUGAUGUUAUCCACUCACUCACCCACUUGUUUUCUCGCCUCCUCCCCUCCUCUCCGCCCAACCUCCCUCCCUCCUCAUCCUCCCCACACCUCUGUGCUUCUUUUCCUUUCACGUCCUCCAAUCCCGGCUCUGAUUUGCAGUUGGACAUGGCGAAUGCGAGCACGAGCAUCCUGGUCUACGUGUACUCAUGGCUCUUCAUCUUCGCUAUGGGGCUCUUCUGGAUCUCCCUCACUCUCUGCGACCUCUACCUCUCCAUACGCGCCCACCGCCUCCACCGCGCCGUCAAAACCACCAUCUGUCUCGUCUUCCUCGCAGCUUUCAUAACCGCACUCUCCUUCACAAAACUCUCCUUUUCAGACGUUUUUCUACUUCCUCUAGUCUUCCUCCCCACGGGAUGGGGGUUCCUGCAGCUGACUCUGGUGGUGGCCGGGGCGUUUCCGGUGGUGGAGACGUGGUGGACGUGGGGCCUUCGCCGCACACUGCUGAGGUUUAGCGUGCUCUCGCACGCUCAGAUUCGCCGCUUGCGUGCGAAACCUCCCAACGACGCCGUUUUCGAACUAGUCGCCGCAGCCGCAUGUGAGGUCGCCCUCCCCAUCUCUCCUUCCCGCCUCCCCUUCCCCCUUCCAGCCUCCCCAUUUCCCCUUCCUUCCUCCCCAUUUCCCCUUCUUGCCUCCCCAAUUCCCCUUCCUGCCUCCCCAUUUCCCCUUUCCGCCUCCCCAUUUCCCCUUCCUGUCUCCCCAUUUCCCCUCCCUGCCUCCCCAUUUCCCCUUUCCGCCUCCCCAAUUCCCCUUCCUGCCUCCCCAUUUCCCCUUCCCGCCUCCCCAUUUCCCCUUCCUGCCUCCCCAUGUCCCUUUCCUCCCUCCCCAUUUCCCCUUCCCGCCUCCUCGUUUCCCCUUCCUGCCUCCCCUUCCUGCCUCUUCAUUUCCCCUUUCCGCCUCCCCAUUUCCCCUUCCUGCCUCCCCAUUUCCCCUUUCCUCCUACCCAUUUCCCCUUCCAUCCUCCCCAUUUCUCCUUACCGCCUCCCCAUUUCCCCUUUCUGCUUCCCCAUUUCCCCUUUCCGCCUCCCCAUUUCCCCUUUUCGCCUCCCCAUUUCCCCUUUUCGCCUCCCCAUUUCCCCUUUUCGCCUCCCCAUUUCCCCUUUCCUCCUACCCAUUUCCCCUUCCAUCCUCCCCAUUUCUCCUUACCGCCUCCCCAUUUCCCCUUUCUGCUUCCCCAUUUCCCCUUUCCGCCUCCCCAUUUCCCCUUUUCGCCUCCCCAUUUCCCCUUUUCGCCUCCCCAUUUCCCCUUCCUGCCUCACCUGGUCCCUUCCUUCCGUCGCCUACCAUCCCAUAGCUUCCCCUUGUGUCCCCUACCCACCCCUUCCCCCUUGCCAUUACCGAACCGGCGCCACUCCGCCGCGAGGAGUGUGGGUGAGGGCAGGAGUGGGGGCCGGCGUAAUAGAGGCGCAGGUUUGGAGUCGUGGCUCCCUGCACGAGGUGGGCCUUCCCGCCCUCCCUGCACGAGCGUACAGCAAGGCAGAGGAGAAAUUCCAAUGUGCAUCGCCAUCACUCACCUCCCCAUCCCUCACCUCCCCAUCCCUCACCUCCCCAUCCCUCACCUCCCCAUCCCUCACCUCCCCAUCCCUCCCCUCCCCAACACCGCAGAAGAGUGUUGGCGUGCGACCCGCAACACCGCUGUCACGGGCUUAUCUUCAAGCUGAGUCGGGGGCGCAGCGACAUCUUGAGAGCCACCAACUCCGCCUCACCCCAUACCGCCUCAUCCCCUUCCGCCUCAUCCCCUUCCGCCUCAUCCCCUUCCGCCUCAUCCCAUUCCGCCUCAUCCCAUACCGCCUCACCCCAUACCGCCUCACCCCAUACCGCCUCACCCCAUUCUACCUCACCCCAUCCCCGCCUCCCCAUCCCUUCCCUCCCCAUCCCUCAACUCCCCAUCCCCGCCUCCCCAUCUCUUCCCACCCAUCCCUCUCCUCCCCAUCCCGCACCUCCCCAUCCUUCAUCUCCCCAUUCCGCCUCACCCCAUCCCAACCUCCCCAUCCCGCAUCUCCCCAUCCCUCACCUCCCCAUCCCGCAUCUCCCCAUCCCUCACCUCCCAGUCUCUCAUCUUACCGUCCCUCUUCUCCCCAUCCCUCACCUCCUCAUCCCUCACAUCCCCAUCCCUCCUCUCCCCAUCCCUUGCCUCCCCAUCCCUUACCUCCCCAUCCCCUCCCUCUCCAUCCCUCAUCUCCCCAUCCCUCUCCUCCCAGUCUCUCAUAUUACCAUCACUCUUCUCCCCAUCCCUCAUCCCCCCAUCCCUCACCUCCCCAUCCCUCACCUCCCCAUCCCUCCUCUCCCCGUCCCUCCACACCCCAUCUCUUCCACACCCCAUCUCCUCCUCACCCCAUCUCCUCCACACCCCAUUUCCUCCUCACCCCAUCUCCUCCUCACACCAUCUCCUCCUCACCCCAUUCCGCCCCACCCCAUUCCGCCCCACCCCAUUCUGCCCCACCCCAUUCUGCCUCACCUCAUUCCGCCCCACCCCAUCCCACAACCUCCCCGUCACCUCCACCCCGUCCUCUCUCCUCUCUGCUUCUUCUCCUCCUUUUCACAUCCUCUUCAUUCCUCUUCCCCCGUCACCGCGUCCCCUCCUCUCCCCAUCCCCUCCUCUCGCCGUCCCAUCUUCUCCCCACCACCUCCCGUCCUCUCCCCAUCCCCUCCUCUUCCAAACCCAUCCCUCCUCACCACAUCCCUCCUCUUUCCAUCCAUCCUCUCCCCAUCUCUCCUCUCCCCAUCCGUCCUUUCCCCGUCCGCUCCUCUCCAACGCCUCUCCAGGUGUCUCCCACACCACUCUCGGCCCUGUGGAAGGGCAUGGUGUAA